GCGACCUAUAUAUCUUUCUCCUCAUUUUCCAAACCCUGCGAGAAUUCCCGAAACCCUACAAAUCCCUCCCCCUCUGCCUCUCCGCUUCUCCAUUCUCGUAAUCUGCAAGUCUCCGCCGCUUGCAGAGAGCUUGUUACGUUUUUGAAUUCCUGCAAUUCGAUUCGCUGUGAUGAUGGCCCACGGCAAAGUCAGUCUCCCUCAAGAUCUCCUCCCCUCGCCGGCGAUCUUCUCCUCCUCCUCCGCCAAAGCAGAUGAAGCCUCGGAAGGAAAUGCUGGGGAGAAGGCUCUAAAAGGGUCACUUGAUGAGUCAAAAGAUCACCUAGCAUCUGAGAGCAGCAUACCUUUGUCUCCUCAAUGGCUGCAUGCUAAGGCAGUUGAUGCUAAGCCACUCACAAGUGGAACAUCAGGGGAAAUCCAUGCACCAGGGUCUUUGUCUCAUGGUAACUCUACCGAUUCCAAUACAAGAGACGUGUGGCGUUCAGAUGGUUCUCGGGACAGAAAAGAUUGGAGGAGGAAUGCACCUGAUUUAGAUGUUAACCGUCGCUGGCGUGAGGAGGAGAGAGAAACUGGCUUACUUGGUAGGAGGGAUCGCAAAAAAGAAGAUCGCCGUGUAGGAGUCACUUCAACUAGGGAUAUUACUGAGAAUAGAGCAGAGGAUCACCGAGCAGGUGGCCCGUCUACUAGAGAUGUUACUGAGAAUAAAAUUUUGUCUUCUGACCGCUGGCAUGAAUCGCGGAGAGACAAUAAAUGGUCAUCAAGGUGGGGCCCUGAAGAUAAAGACAAGGAUUCUCGUAUAGAGAAAACAGAUCUUGAGAGAGAAGAUGCUCAUGUUGACAAGCAGUCUCUUGUCAGUAGCAAUCGUGCGGUUCCUGAACGUGAUGGUGAUUCUCGUGAUAAGUGGAGGCCACGUCAUCGCAUGGAGGUUCAAUCUGGGGGGCCAGCGCCAUACCGUGCCGCACCAGGAUUUGGGAUGGCCAGAGGACAGGUGGAAAAAGUAGGAUUUGCUUCUGGACGAGGGAGGUCCCAUACUAGUGGUAGUGUACAGAUUGGAAGACCUUCCUCUAUAUCUACUAUUGGGUCUGUUCUGGAUCAAAAUCAAAGUGUGUUGGGAAAAGCUGGCCCCUUUACUGAGAAGUAUCGUUACCCCAGGGGAAAGCUCCUCGAUAUUUAUCGUAAGCAAAAGAUAGAAUCAACUUUCGAUAUUGUGCCUGAAGGGAUGGAGCAUGUCUCUCCAAUAACCCAAGUGGGCUGUAUUGAGCCAUUAGCUUUUGUCGCACCUGAUGCAGAUGAAGAGAUGAAGCCAGAAUUUGUAUUAGACAUUUAUGCAAUCACUAACUUGUUUCUGUCAUCAUCGGAAUCUGUCUGGUGUGUGAUUCAGGCUGGUAUGGAAGAUAUUUGGAAGGGAAGAAUCACCAGCAGUGAUGAUGGAAUUAGUAAUGCCUCUUUAAAAAAGGAGGAAGAUAAAAAGAUUUCAUCACAGUCUGAAGAAAAUGCGCUGUCUACUGGAGAGGUCUCAACUAUUUGUGGCCCGCAAACACAAACUUUGAAUGAAGGGGUUGAAGGCGGGCACAGAGUUCCUAUUGGCACAGCAAUUGCUGAUGGAUCGAAUCUGGUAGCUCCAAAGAACUGUGAUCACAAAAGUGCUACGGAGACUGAUGGCCUCAGUAAUAAUGUUGAUGAACUAAGAAUUUCUGGAUGCCAUGAUGUGAGAGAUUUCAGCCUCACAAAGCAUUCUAUGUCGGAAUAUUAUGAAGCAGCUACUAAUGUGACUGGUAGCCAGCUUCCUGAUUCAAGUUCACCAUUUCAUAUUCCAUCUCUGCAGCAAGCCUCAAGUAGUGAUCAUUUCAAGAGCAAUGAGAAGGCAGAUCUGGAAAGGGUUGUCUCAUUUGAGGAUUUAAGUUUAUGCUAUCUUGAUCCUCAAGGAAACAUCCAGGGACCUUUCCUGGGGAUCGACAUAAUUCAAUGGUUUGAUCAAGGAUUUUUUGGGACUGACUUACUGUUGCGCUUGACUGAUGCCCCUGAUGGUUCUCCUUUUCAAGAACUCGGUGACAUGAUGCCGAAUCUGAAAACUCAAUCCGGAUCGGUCUCCAACUCCAAUUUGCCUACCAACAUAGAAUCGUUGGAUGGUGUUGGAAGCAUGUUGGAAGAGAGGAAAACUGCUCCUCACUAUGAGGAGUCUAACAAUCUAAAUAUUCAACAUUGGACUCCAUCUGGACUUGAACCUACCUCAAGUGAUGAUUUGCACUCAAGAAUACGCAAUAACAAUUACAACUUCGAACUCCAGUACCUUGAUAAUCAAAGGUUUCAAAAUUACGUUGAAAGAGAUGAAGAAAUAGUAUAUCCUGGAAGGCCUAAAAGUAGCAGUGAUUUUCCUCUGAGGAGACCUUCAGCUGAUAUUCAUGGCUCAUUUUCAAAUUCCCCAAGUGUUCCUUCCCUUUCAGAUGAAGUUUCCGAAAGCAACCUACCUAAUUGCCAGGAUGAUAAGUUACACCCUUUCGGCCUGUUGAUGUCUGAGCUCAGAGGCAACUCUCAUAUAAGACCUGCUCAAGCUUCCAAUGUGUCUUUAGGCAUGGAUGAUCAGGCACAGUUUAGUGAUACCUUGUUUGAGGGAGGCAUAUCUAAACUUAAUUGGUUGAAUAAUCCUAAUAUCCCAAUGCAUCAAGUGGUGCCUGACAUGGAGCAUCUAAUAGAACUACAGCGUCAAGAACAGCAGCAGCAUCGCUUAUUGGAGCUUCAGCAACAACGGCAGCUGGAGUUUCAACGUCAGCAGCAGCACGAGUUGGAGUUUCAACAGCAGCGCCAACUCCAGCAACAGCGCCAGUUGGAGCUACAGCAGCAGCGUCAGUUGGAACUUCACCUUCAGCAGCAGCACCAGUUGGAGCUUCAGCAGCAGCACCAGUUGGAGCUUCAGCUGCAGCGCCAGUUGGAGCUACAGCAACAGCGCCAGUUGGAGCAGCAGCAGCAACAGCAAUACCAUUUGGAGCUUCAGCAGCAGCGGAAGCUGGAGCAGCAGCUGCAGCGUCUUCAACAACAGAGGCAGUUGGAGUUUCAGCAACAGCAGCGUCACUUAGAGCUUCAGCAACAGCAGCGUCAAUUGGAGCUUCAGCCUCAGCACCAAUUGGAGCAGCACCUUCGCCAUCACCAAAAUUUGCCGCAGCACCAGCAGUCCCAAGCCGAACAAUUGCUCCUUGAACAGUUAUUGAGUCGACAGAUGCCUGGUAGUUAUGGGCAGUGGAAGAUGGAUGCUACACGAGCCAACCUUCAUGAUCAGUUACACCCAAAUGAUUUGCACCAUGUAUCUCAUUCAUCAAGGCACAAUCCCUCGCUUGAGCAGAUCAUCCAAGCAACUGUGGGCGAGGGUGCCCUCCCAGUACAUUCUGAUUUUUUUGACCUCAUAUCUCAGGCCAAGCUAGCAAAUAGGAACACAUCAGAGCUGCCACUCCGCCUUAAUGAACAAGAGUUGCAGGCACAACAAAUAUCUAUGGCAUUGAGAGAGCAGCAGAUGGAAGGGGAAAGGCGUGUUGGUGGGCCUUGGUUUGCAGAUGAAGCAGGUCCUUUUGUGAGGGAUCCUGCUGGGCAUCACCAGGCUCACAUGUUGGGACAUAAUUCUUCAGAAAAUUACCAGAAACAGCAGAGGUUUCCAUCCAAUGAACAGGAACUAAGCCAUCGCAAUUGGAAUCGGGCCUCUCAGGAGAGACCUCAGGGAGGAUUCUAUGAACCUAACCCUACGGAAUUUGAUAGGUUCUCAGUUCCUGCGGGUUCUCAUGGGAUGAACUUGGAUAUUGCAAACAUAUGUGGACAAGAUCUAGAUGUGCACGAACAAUAUCAGCUUAAUUCCUCUAUUGAUGAGCGUGGAUCUCUAUCUUCCAGAGGUCAGGGAGGCUCCGUACAUCUUCCUUUUAAUGUUCUUCCAGAUCAGUCAGUUGGUAUGAACAACUCCUUCACAGAAGGCCCACAUAAUUCAAAUUAUAGCAUCUUACUGCAAGACCAGUUGGGUAGUUAUGGUAUGAACGAGCAAGCAAGUAAUAUGGCAAGAAGAUCUGAUUCUAGAGCAUUUAUGGACCCUCAAUUCUUGUCAGGAACCAGGGAUACUCCUCAUGAAGGCAACAUGGUGGAGCAACAAAACACAGCCAUUGAUAGCGAGGAACUACCUAGUAAUGCCCAUAGCAGGCAUAGCUCGCUGAGCAGCGCUGGUGGAUGUGGGGGUUUUCACAGCUCUGAGAUGGGAGUAGAUAAAUCACUUGGAGAAGAUGUUCAUGAUGGAAGGCUGCCUUCUACUACAACCAAAGGGUUUGACAGUGCUACAUCGAGACGCCGCGUGUUAUCUUCCCAGGAUGUUUUGUCUGAGUCUGCACUCUCUCUACCUGUUAAGCCAAGAAGCUCGACAAGCCUCAGAACUUCUGAAGGAAAACCUGCUGCCACACCGGUCUCUGAAUCUCUAGCAACUAGCAAAAAUCAUGCACAGUUCAGGAGGACUUCAUCUUACAGUGAUGCUGGUGUCUCCGAGACAUCCUUCAUGGAUGUGCUCAAGAAACCAGUUAUUCCAGAGGCUGAUAACAGGGGUGCAAUGGAGUCAUCUGAUGGAGGUGGCCAAGUGGGCCGAACUGGCAAGAAGAAAGGCAAGAAAGGAAGACAGAUCGAUCCUACUCUCCUAGGCUUUAAGGUAUCCAGCAACCGGAUCAUGAUGGGUGAGAUCCAUGGCCUUGAUGAUUGACGAAAUGGAACCAUGCUUGGUGAGACAUGGCCAGAAUGAGAUAUGUUUUAAUAUUAUUAUUCUCAGGUAUACCAAAUGUACAGCAGCUAACAUGAGAUGUAUAGUUGUCCAAUUGUCCUUUCCAGUCCUCUGAAUCAAAAGUAGGUACGCAGUCUUGAAGCUUUGCAGUGGUUGACCGGUAUAUAUAGUUGUAAACAAGAUGUCGAAUUUUGUAAGGAGAAGCAUAGCAAUAGAAGCAUAGAAAUGUUGAUAAUUGUGUUCGUUUUACUCUUUGUUUUAUUUCGAUUU